UUGUUGGUGGUAGUAUUACUGUGUUACUUUCUCUAUGAGUGUGAUUUUUAUAAAGUUGGAACUGGAUGCGCAAAGUCCAAAUUAAUUUAAUAUUAUUAUUAUUUUACUGUACUUGCAUCUAAAAUACUUAACAUCUAGUUCUAUACUUGUAUAUUUUACACGGUAACCUACUACAGUGACCGAAAACAUUCCUUGCCCUUGAGAGAGUGUAUGUGAAACUUACACGUAAGUUCCCUAACCAAAUUAAAUAAUGGAUAAAAAUUUACCACUGACUGAGCUGUACAAUUCGUACAAAACAUGGGUGAAGAACAAUCCAAACUUGGUAACAGACGUGGAGACCGUCGUAACAUGGUCCUCAUACUUUGUUGCGGGGAAAAUCAACAAGUCUCCCAUCGUAUCAGAACUAGUGUAUUCACUGUCGAAGCUACUCUCUCUGCACAACGAUAGCCUCAUCAGAGAAGCGUACAACACAGACGGUAGAACCAACGGCCUCCGAGACAAGAUCAAGGUCUGGCUCACCGUCAUUCACUACAGUGAAGUGUUCAUUGAGCUACUUGUAAGAAAAAAGUAUGAUAACAAGGGAAAAUGGACAAUUGCCACAAUCCUACAAGUUCUAAAGUGCACUGCAAACUUAGUCCUUCUUUUCAAGUACCGUGAGAUGCCUAUACAGCACCCACCAGUGCCUACCCUGCAGAGGAAGAAAUUUGUAGAAGCUAAGGAUUCAAAUGAAAAUAUAAAUGGCAGCUUCACUUUGAGGAGGUCAGGAAGAGUUCUGCGAAGUGUUGAAGGGGCGCCACCAGCUGCAUUCCGAGACUGGCAACCCGUCAAGACGUGCAAGGAGUCACAGAACCCAAACAUCAAUGUCAAGGACUUAAUCUAUGCUGAAUCUAUACACAUCCUGAAGCCUCUGCUGCACCUGGCCUCCAUGAGAGUGUUUGGGACUAAAGCUUGGAAGCAGUGGCUCGUCUCAUUAAGCAUGGACUUGAUAAGUCUGAAGGUAUACAGUAAAUACAUGAAAGAACUUUCUUAUGAUCAGAGGUUAGAGAUAAGUAGAAGAAAGCUUGGUCUCCUACUAUACCUAUUGCGGAGUCCCAUGUAUGCCAAAUUCUCUAAGAAUGUAAUUGAAAGUGCCCUGAACUCAACGGCUAAGAAAAUUCCCCUGACUGCCUUCAUUACAAACCCAGUCCUACAGUACCUGAGCCAUUGGCAAGAUAUAUAUUUCUAUAUGUGGGCAUCAUAAUAAUUAACUGUUACAUGACUAUCUAUUCCAUAUUUUUUAUGACAAUAAUGUUUUCAUUAUCAUGUAUAAAACUUUAGACAAAAUGUGUGAAAUAAUGCUCCUUUUUGCUAGUAUUAAUUAUGUUGCUAUGAGUACCUAUUUUAUGGUGUAAUAAAUUGAUAUUUAAAAAUCAAUGGCAGGGCAAUUAAAUGUCUCAAAAUAGCAUGCCUAUUCUUUUAGUCAGUAUUUCGAAAGUAAUAUUAGGUAUUUUUUUAUAUAAUUAUAUUUUGUGAGCAUUGCAACCAUACUGCAAUUUAUUGAUACAUUCGAAAUACAGACUAGCACUAGAAAAGUAGAAAAAAGUAGGGAUGUUUAAUUUAAAUAGUUUAAUUAAGAGUAAAGUGGUUAUGGUGAUAUUUAGUUAUAAUUACUAGCUUUUAGAACCUUUUUUUAUUAAACCUCGAUAAGUAGCAAGUAAUUUCUACUAAUGUAAAAAAAUAUUAUGUGUUGAAGGGCAGAAUACCUACCUAUAACUACUUAUACAUAUAAUUAUUAACUGUUACUGCGGGUGUAGGUAUAGGUACCGAUGUUAAAUUGACUGAAUUGAUUAGUUGAUUAUACAUAUAUUGCAUUGCAUUUUUUUAAUUACGAAGAAAAUGUUAUUCACAUAAAUCUGAACAUCAUGUUGUAUUAAUAAACGGUGGUGAAUACUAAGGUCGUUUAUUUUAUUUGAUAUCCAUUCUUCAUUAAUAAAUGAAAACUCUUGGGUGUUCAUAAACUAUUUUUAUUUUCUAAUAAGUUCAAUACAUACAUAGGUACAUUGUUUAGGUUUUAAAAUUACUAUCGCUUGACACACAUUUGCAGAAUGAUUAAUUAUAAUUAUCUAACAACUAAAAUUGUAACAAUCUAAUAAAGUAGUGAUCCAAUAAAUAAAUACAGAUACCUAUUAUGUUAACAGAUUGCUAUGUAGGUAAGUAUGAUAUCUAUAAAUUUUGAUACAAAAAUAAGUAUGGAAAAAUCAUGAAUCUUAAAAAUUCAAAGUAGGUACUUACCUAAUUCAUUAUUUAUUUACCAAUGUUGUUAUCAAACAAUUUCAUAACCAUCGCUUCGAUACAAGUAUAUUUUGUACUGUUAAGAAAAUGCCGGAGUAGAAUACAGGAUGGUACUAUUUACCAUUGUUAAGAAUUUCAUUACCAUCGCAUCGCUUUGAUAAAAGUUAUUUUUGUACUUUUAAGAAUAUUCAGGAGUAGAAUACAGUCAUGCAGACGGAUAUCGCAUUUGUACAGUAAGUUUUAUUUGUUUGUUAAAAGGAGAGUACCUGACUAGGUCAAUAAUCAAGUAGACAAUAGUAUAGGUAUAAUAUGUCACUCAAAUAAAUUGUAUAAUAUAAUAUGAGUGGCUAUUUUGUGUACCAGCCGCCAUUUUUAUAUUGUUUCCUUAUCUACGCACGCGACGUCGAUGUAGAUAAACGACACUAUAUGUCGAUUCGCCAUAAAUACAGCGCUGUGAUUCGUGGAUGGCGCAUUAAACGAGUUUAUCUACGUCGACGAUGAACCCGUGUAGCGCUGUAUACAAUAAAUUGUGACGAUUGCAGAGAGAUGUAAGUUGUCAUGGCCAUCACAAAAUCACACUUCUCGAUGUUUUGAAGUAUUUGUCCAUCUUAUUUGAUCUUAUUAAAAGCGCUGAUGUCAUUUACGUUUACAAGGCUAGAAUGGUUGUUUAUCUUCAAACAUUAACACUAGAUGGUACUACAAAUACACGGAAAUAUAAAGCCAUUUUAAAUGUCGGUGUAUUUUAUUCCUGCUUCGAAUCUCUAGACCAGU